UGAGGACAGAUCACUUUGAGAUAAAAGUUGCAGUGGCAGCACACACGAAAUCCUCCAACACGCUCAUCGGGCAGUUUCCAGAGUUCCUCCGCUGACUGCAGACAACAACCAGACGCUCUCAGACUCCUGCGGUUUGGAGCUAACGCUGGAAAGAAGUGCAGCAGAGGAGGUUCUGAGGAGGAUUUCCUGACAGGCGCACCUGCUUAAUGGAGAAGAUUUAUGUUGGACGGAUUUCUUACUGAAGAUUCACAGCGUCGAAUUGAAAUAUACCGGCAAAAAUGACAGCUGCCACGAAGCUUCUGGACGAGAUGUGCCAUCUGACGGCUCAGUCUCUGACCGCCAUGGACACAUCGGAGCACUUCAAGAUCCUAAAGCUCCUGGGUGAAGGCUCGUAUGGCAAAGUCAUGCUGGCUGUACACAGGAAGAGAGGUACGCCGAUGGCGCUGAAGUUCUUCCCUCGGGAGUCCACGUCUCUUUUCUCUUUCCUGAGGGAGUACAACCUCUCGCUGUCAUUCUGCACCCACCCGUCCCUGACCACAGCCCUGGGAAUCGCCUACUCAACACCUUCCCACUACGUCUUUGCUCAGCAAGCAAGCCUCUUUGGCGAUCUCUACGAUGUCAUCCUGCCCGAGGUCGGUAUAGAGGAAGACUGUUGUCAGCGGGUGGUGUCCCAGCUGUGUGGCGCUCUGUCCCACCUGCACUCUCUUGGUUUUGUCCACAGAGACCUCAAACCAGAGAACGUCUUCCUGUGCGACUCUGCCUGCCGCUGGGUCAAACUAGGAGACUUUGGCAUGGUGAAGGCCAGGGGCACCAGGGUCCCGGAGGUCUGGUACAGCUCUCCGUACUGCACCCCGGAGUCGGAGAUCGCUCGCGGCAAUGAGGACAGCUGGAGGAGCAUGAGUGACGGGAAUGUCGUUGUUAAAAAGCAAGAGGAAGAGAAGAAAAAGAGAGUUUGGGUGUCUGUGGAGCCCAGCACAGACAGCUGGGCGCUGGGGAUCCUGACCUACGCCAUGCUCACCGGCAGUCAUCCCUGGACUGAAACAGCCGGCGACUGCCGCUCAUACCAGAAGUAUCUGGAGUGGUUUGACAGAGCAGAAGGCCCUGAUGAUGAACUGGACUUGUGGGAAGGAAGGCAGGUCGAGAGCACACAGGAUGUCAUCCAUUUAACCGGGGUAGUACCUUUUCCUCCGGUAGCACCGCAGUUUGCAUGUUUCACCUCACUCGCCUGCUGCUUCUUCAAGUCGCUCCUCGACCCGAGGCCGCGGCUCCGUGGGCAACCCGAGGUUGCACUGAAUUACCUCGGAGGGGACUGGGUGAUGGAGAAGGAGAGGGUGAGGCUGGAAGAGGAGAGGAAGACGAGCAGAGGAAAAGGAGAAAUCAAGAGGAUGAAAGAGAUGGAGGGGAGAGGAGAGAGAUGAGGAGUCAAAAUAAAUGAGAACACUGAAUAAUGAAGCAACUUUUUUAUUACUUUUUUGAAGGACAUGUGAUGUUUAGGUUUAUUUUAUUAAAAGGUCCCAUGGCCAAUUUGACUUGCCCCCGUCUGCCUAUGGUCCCCAAGUGGCCUGAAAUGUCAAGGGAGCUUCAGGGAAUGUAGGAUCCAAGUGUAGAGACCGCAGGCAAAAUAGAAUUAGAAUACUUAAUAAUGAAAAAGCUCCUAUAAACAAAAGGUGUCCAGCAAACAGCAGGCAAAGACAUCCAAAAUGAUGCAAGAGGCAAACAGUAAUCACAGGAACACCAAGACCAAAGGUAACGAGAUAACAAGAGACAGGUGACAAGGGCUGGGAAACAGGUGGAAGACAUCAGGUAAUCACAAGAGCGGGAAAACACAGGAAGUAAAACUAAAGACAAGACAGCAGAGAAAACCAGACUAUUAAAACAAAACAGGAAACAGUACAUGCAGACACUCACGGGGGACCAAAAGACAGAAACCACUACUACACAAGACCAGGGAGCAACCAAGGACUAAAACAGUUACAAGACCAAAAAACACAAUCACAAGGAGGAAAUAUAUAACAAAAUACCAAACCAUCACAAGAAAUUGUGAUAGGUGUAAACCGAGCCCUGGGUAUCCUGCUCUGCCUUUGAGAAAAUUAUAGCUCAGAUGUGCCAAUCUGGAAUCUGCCCUUAUGACAUCAUAAGGGGAAUGUUACCUACCUUUUCUCUGCUUUUGACAGAAUUUGGUCCACCCAUGAUAAAAGGUAGAGACAUCAUGGCUUCCAAACAAACAAAGCAUGGCAGUUGGACAAAGCCACACCCCCACCCUCCAAACCUGCCUCCUUAUGCAGAAGUUGGCGCUCUUACACUUCCUGCUUUCUGCUUUGCUCCCGUCAUGAUUACUACGGCCGUUAGAGAGUGACCACGCCAAACAAUAAAAUGUAAAUAUGCCUCGUAAUUGCAGCUUGUACAAGCAACUCAUGGACUUCUUUUAUGGGGAGGACAAGCUCAGACGAAAAGUUAAAAAAAGAAGAAAAAAAAAGUUUAAUACUACAAUAUUUUAGCGUUAAUACAAACAAUACAUACAUUGCUAAGAUGCUGUUAUUCGAAGGCAUCUGAAGGUUUGAGAGCUACUAGUGAUGGAAUCAGUUUUUGGCAGUUAGCUAAUUUAUUUAACAAUAUACUUUAAAAAAUUAAAACACUGAUUGUAGCUUAACAAUCACAUUCAACGGACUAAAAAAAACUGUAGCAGCUGCAGCUCUGGAAAUCACUAGUUUUUAUUUGUGCUGUAAUGCUACUGUGUCCUUGUAUCUUUAGCUCACUGCCUCUAUAUCGGGGUUUAGACUAUUGAGAGGAUUCAACAGCCGUAAACCCGUCUGAGAGGUGCAGUGCAAAAACCACAAUACUUGUCCUUGACCUGUCUUCAUACAAGAAGUAAGUGUUUCAAAGGGCCAACAUGUGCAGUAAAUAUCUACCAAAGGCACUUUCUGUAAGUAAAUAUUCAUAUGAAACAUGUAUUUAAGUAGUACUUGUGUAGCACUAGUAACACUGUUUUGUAUUUUAACAUGGUAGCAUUUGUCCUACGCUGUUGUAGCCUUCUGUACAUAACUGCAGAACUUUGCCUUAUUUUAUUUUGUACUGUAAAGGUCCUAUUUUGACAAUCUAAGCACACGGUAUGACGCACCUGGCGCAUGUGCGUUUAGGGCGUGUCCAAAUCCACUUUUGCCAGUUUGAUGGUGGAAAAAAGGGUCC